UUGCACUUGCCACUCAUCUUUAUGUAUGUGUGUGUACAUAUCCAGUUUUAUCUCGCCCAUCAUCUCGACGACAGUAACCUUCCAUCUUUGCCAUCGCCCAAACGUGGCCGCUCCUCUUAGCAAACCAGUUUAUUAAAAAAUCCGUGCUGCAAAAUGUCCCUACAAGAGAACUUUGACAAGGCGGUCGAUAACGUGAAGAACCUAAAUGCCACGCCCGCCGACGCCGAUCUGCUGGAAAUCUACGGCCUGUUCAAGCAGGCGACCGUCGGCGACUGCAACACGGAGAAGCCCGGCUUCCUCGACUUCAAGGGCAAAUCGAAGUGGGAGGCGUGGAACGGCCGCAAGGGCAUGUCGCAGGAGGACGCGAAGCAGGCGUACGUCGACAAGGUGCAGAAGCUGAUCGACCAGCACGGUCUGAAGUAGAGCGCUAAAGAAGGGGACAAUCCAACACCAUGGCGCGAGGGAGGCAGCAGAAGGACAAUUUCGGACGCAUUGCAAUUAUGGUACAAACCGUUUGACCACACACACAGCUGUACGGGAAGGUGUUGGAGCGAUGUCUGCUCUCGUUGUUUUCUUCCUUUCUUUUUUUUAUGUUACGUUUCCCGCCAUUCCACACCCGGACGCCCUCUCGGCACUCAAAGAGACCCUCAGACCGAGGGGACUGACUGUGGCGGACACGCACGUGGAAAAUUGUAGCCAAGCGGAUUGAAAAAAGAAGGCAAAAUUUCGAUCUUUUUUGUGCAAUUUAGUUAGUUAGUAACAAAUGGUAGGCAAAAGCAAAAUCAAAGCGGUGGUGGCGGAUAACACGAGAAGGGAACACUGUGAACUUUAGGAGAUUCUUUCUUUUUUUAACUAUAAUUAGUUUGUUAAAUUGUUGUAGUAGUGAAAGCUCCGUGCUUUUGGCGUAACGCCUUGAAUUUGUUUUUGAAACAAAGAAAAAGAAAGGGAAAAAGGAUUCCUCAAAAACUACUCUAAAGAAGAAUCUCUUGCUGUGGCUACAAGCGGAAAUAGGGAGUAGAAAAAACAAAAACAAAAAAACCAAACGCACACAUACACAUUUGGACGGUUAAUUUUGAACUCUUCGAUAAAACAAAGAAAAAAUAAAACCGAUGAACUAACAUAAAUAA